CUCUGAGCUUUCACUACAGCCAGAGCUGCAGCUGGCGAUCCUGGGCUGGAUACAUUGUGAGCCUCACUGAUCUGGCUGGAUACAUUGUGAGCCUCACUGAACUGGCUGGAUACACUAAGACUGGCAGAAUCCUCACUGGAUAUAUUGUGAAUCCCAUUCAGCUCACUGGAAACAUUGGGACUGAGAGAUUCCUGGCUGGAUACAUUGUAAAAGUCCCUGGAUUGACUGGAUCCAGCUCUAUAACUGAGCUCCACACACUGUAACCCCUGGCUCCCAGGAUUCAUGUAUUUUACCAGAGGACUCCUUGUUUGGAUACAUUGUAACAGAAAACCCCCACAUUGGAUACAUUGUAACUGCAGGACUUGAAGGCUGAAUACAUUGUACACUGAGGAUCCAACAACUGGAUACAUUGUAACAGAGGGCUCUCAGACUGGGCAUAUCGUAACAGAGGGCACCCAGACUGGGCAUAUUGUAACAGAGGGCUCUCAGACUGGGCAUAUCGUAACAGAGGGCACCCAGACUGGGCACAUUGCAACAGGGGUCUGUGCGCAUUGUAACACAAGGCUCCCAGGGUGGGCACAUUGUAACAGAGGGCACCCAGACUGAGCAUAUUGUAAGAGAGGUCUGUGCCAAUUGUAACACAGGGCUCCCAGGGUGGGCAUAUUGUAAGAGAGGGCACCCAGACUGGGCAUAUUGUAAGAGCGGUCUGUGCACAUUGUAACACAGGGCUCCCAGGGUGGGCACAUUGUAACAGGGCACCCAGACUGGGCACACUCUUGGGGGGAUUUCUCUGCGUUUGAUCACUGCUCCCAGGAAUCAGGACCCAUAGGAUCUAUGUACCAUUAGCGCAGCCCUGUGUGACUGGGCUUAUCACCAGGAGUCAUGCUUUGGAUUGGAGGGAUUGGAGUGUGCGUGCUGCUCUGCUCACUGGCAGUGCCAACCACAGGUUUACGAUGUACGCAACCUUCGGAAAUAUGCUUGAACAAUGGAAAGUGUGAAUUGACCUCCAAUGUGAAUGGAAUUUGCAAAUGCAGUAAUUCGUACGUGGGUGAUAGAUGCCAGUUUGAAAACCCUUGUUUAGCGAAGCCAUGUUACAAUUCUGGAGUAUGCCAGCCUUUGGUCCGGGGACAUAUUGUAGACUUUACCUGUAAGUGCCCACUGGGGUACUCUGACAAAGUGUGCCUGACUCCAGGGGACCAUCCUUGUGUCAACAACCCUUGUCGAAACGGAGGGACAUGCGAUUUACUACCUAGUCUGACAGAGUACAAGUGCCGGUGUCCACCAGGUUUGACAGGUGACACUUGCCAGCAAGCAGACCCAUGUGCUUCCAAUCCGUGCGGGAACGGGGGUAAGUGUGUCCCCUUUGAGGCACAAUAUGUGUGCAGGUGCCCACCUGGAUUCCAUGGCUCCACCUGCAGGCAGGACAUCAACGAGUGCAACCAAAGUCCCUGCAAGAAUGGAGGGACGUGCCUUAACGAGUUUGGAUCCUACCAGUGCACCUGCAGGAACAAGUUCACGGGCAAGAACUGCGAAGUCCCCUACAUGCCCUGCAACCCCUCUCCAUGCCAGAACGGAGGCACCUGCCGCCAAACCGAUGACACUUCAUAUGAAUGCACCUGUCUUCCAGGGUUUUCUGGCAUGAACUGUGAAGAAAAUAUUGAUGAUUGUCCAACCAAUAACUGCAGAAAUGGCGGCACGUGUGUAGACGGAGUUAACACCUACAACUGUCAGUGUCCCCCCGACUGGACAGGUCAGUACUGCACGGAAGAUGUGGACGAGUGCCAGCUGAUGCCAAAUGCGUGUCAGAAUGGUGGCACGUGCCACAACAACCAUGGCGGGUACAACUGUGUCUGUGUCAAUGGCUGGACAGGAGAAGACUGCAGCGAAAAUAUUGAUGACUGCGCCAAUGCGGCCUGCAGUGGUGGGGCCACCUGCCAUGAUCGCGUGGCUUCAUUCUUCUGCGAGUGUCCACAUGGUCGUACAGGUUUGCUCUGCCACCUUAACGAUGCGUGCAUCAGCAAUCCUUGCAAUGAAGGGUCAAAUUGUGAUACCAACCCAGUCAACGGCAAGGCAAUUUGCACCUGUCCCUCUGGUUACACCGGUCCUGCCUGCAAUGAUGAUGUGAACGAAUGCUCUUUGGGUGCAAAUCCGUGUGAACAUGCAGGAAAGUGUAUAAAUACUCUGGGGUCCUUCCAGUGUCACUGUCUGCCAGGAUACAGUGGUCCUCGUUGUGAAAUCGAUGUCAAUGAGUGUCUGUCCAAUCCAUGCCAAAAUGAGGCCACUUGUCUUGAUCAAAUUGGAGAAUUCCAGUGUAUAUGCAUGCCAGGCUAUGAAGGGGUGUACUGUGAAAUCAAUACGGACGAAUGCGCUAGCGGGCCCUGCUUACACAAUGGCAAAUGCAUUGAUAAAAUCAACGAAUAUCACUGCGAAUGCCCCACAGGUUUCAGUGGUUAUCAGUGCCAGUACGAUAUUGACGAAUGUGCCAGCACGCCAUGCAAGAAUGGUGCCAAAUGUGUGGACGGACCAAAUACUUACACCUGCGAAUGUACUGAAGGGUUUACAGGACAGCACUGUGAACAAGACAUUAAUGAAUGCAACCCCGACCCAUGUCAUUAUGGCACCUGCAAAGAUGGUAUUGCCACCUUCACUUGCCUGUGCACGCCUGGGUACACUGGACAGCGCUGCGAGAUUAAUAUCGAUGAGUGCCACAGUAUGCCAUGCCAGAAUGGCGGAGAAUGCCAAGAUAGAGAUAAUGCUUAUUUUUGCAAAUGUCCGAAAGGAACCAAAGGGACAAACUGUGAAAUUAAUCUUGAUGACUGCGCCAGUAACCCUUGCGAUUCUGGGAAAUGCAUUGACAAGAUCGAUGGUUACGAGUGCACCUGUGAACCAGGAUACACAGGAAAGAUGUGCAACAUUAACAUCGAUGAGUGCGCCAGCAACCCUUGCCGAAAUGGGGGAACAUGCAAGGAUGGUAUUAAUGGUUUCACCUGUGUAUGCCCAGAAGGGUUCCAGGACCACAUGUGUCUGUCUGAAGUGAAUGAGUGCAACAGCAACCCUUGUAUCCACGGAACAUGCCACGAUGGCGUCAAUGGGUAUAAAUGUGAGUGCGAUUCUGGAUGGAGCGGCACCAACUGUGACAUAAACAACGACGAAUGUGAAUCCAACCCUUGCAUGAAUGGGGGAACCUGCAAAGACAUGACUAGUGGAUACGUCUGCACAUGCAGGGAGGGCUUUAGCGGUCCCAAUUGCCAGACAAACAUAAACGAAUGUGCUUCGAAUCCCUGUCUAAACCAAGGGAGCUGCAUUGACGAUGUUGCUGGCUACAAAUGUAACUGCAUCCUGCCUUAUACUGGAGCGACGUGUAAGGAUAUUUUGGCUCCAUGUGCCAACAGUCCGUGUAAAAAUGGAGGCAAGUGUCAGGAAUCUGAAGACUACGAAAGCUUCUCCUGUCUCUGCCCUGCGGGAUGGCAAGGGCAAACAUGUGAGAUCGACAUCAAUGAGUGCGUUAAAAGCCCUUGCCGGAAUGGUGCGGUUUGCCAAAACACCAAUGGCAGCUACAGAUGUGCCUGUAAACCUGGUUACAGUGGGAGAAAUUGCGAGACGGAUAUUGAUGAUUGCCAACCAAACCCUUGCCAUAAUGGAGGCUCCUGCUCUGACGGAAUUAACACUUUCUUCUGCAAUUGUCUGGCUGGGUUCCGUGGUCCAAAAUGUGAGGAAGAUAUCAAUGAGUGCGCCAGCAACCCGUGCCGGAACGGAGCAAACUGCACAGACUGUGUAAACAGCUAUACGUGCACCUGCCCCGUGGGAUUCAGUGGCAUCCACUGCGAAAAUAAUACCCCAGACUGCACAGAAAGCUCUUGUUUUAAUGGUGGAACCUGCGUUGACGGCAUCAAUACAUUCACCUGCCUGUGUCCGCCAGGAUUUACUGGGAGCUACUGCCAGUACGACAUCAACGAAUGUGACUCGAAGCCAUGUCUUAACGGUGGCACGUGUCUUGACAGCUAUGGGACUUACAAGUGCAGCUGUCCCCAGGGGUACACCGGUCUCAACUGCCAGAAUCUGGUGCGUUGGUGCGACUCGUCACCCUGUAAAAAUGGAGGUAAAUGUUGGCAGACCGGCAACCUAUACCGAUGCGAGUGUAACAGUGGCUGGACUGGAUUUUAUUGCGAUGUGCCAAGUGUCUCCUGUGACGUGGCUGCUAGACAGCAAGGUGUGGACGUAGCUCACCUCUGUCGGAAUUCAGGAAUAUGCAGAGACACUGGAAGUACCCAUUCUUGUCUGUGCCAGGCUGGUUACACCGGCAGUUACUGUGAAGAACAAGUAGAUGAAUGCUCUCCCAACCCUUGCCAAAAUGGGGCCACGUGCACAGAUUAUUUGGGGGGCUACUCUUGUGAGUGUGUUGCCGGCUAUCAUGGAGUAAACUGCUCAGAAGAGAUCAACGAGUGUCUAUCACACCCUUGUCAAAACGGAGGGACAUGUAUCGACCUUAUUAACACAUACAAAUGCUCAUGUCCCAGAGGAACACAGGGUGUGCACUGCGAGAUCAAUAUAGAUGACUGCACCCCAUUGUACGACAUUGUCAGUUUCGAACCAAAGUGCUUCAACAAUGGCGAAUGCAAAGACCGUGUUGGUGGCUACUACUGUAAGUGCCCACCUGGCUUUGUUGGUGAGCGCUGUGAGGGGGAUGUCAACGAGUGCCUUUCCAACCCAUGUGAUGCCCGCGGUACCCAGAACUGUGUUCAGCUGGUGAAUAAUUACCGUUGUGAAUGUCGACAAGGAUUCACAGGAAGACGCUGCGACUCUGUACUUGAUGGUUGUAAAGGGAAACCAUGUAAAAAUGCUGGAACAUGUGCGGUGGCCAGCAACACGGAGCGUGGAUUUAUCUGCAGGUGUCCUCCUGGAUUUGAUGGUGCAACUUGUGAAUAUAAUACACUGACAUGCGGGAACCUGCGUUGCCAAAAUGAUGGAGCCUGCAUAUCAACAAGCAAUGGUUUCAAAUGCCUAUGUAAGGAAGGGACUACUGGCCCAUUCUGUCAAUAUCUUGUUAGCAGCCCUUGUAAUUCCAACCCGUGUUAUAAUGGUGGCACCUGUAAAUUUGUGUCGGAGACGCCAUUUUUCCAGUGCCACUGCCCCAGGAACUUUAAUGGUCUGUACUGUCACAUAUUGGACUACGAGUUCAGUGGAGGACUGGGGCAGGAUAUAGUUCCACCCAAAAUUGAAGAGCGCUGCGAGAUUGCUAUGUGUGCUGAGCAAGCCGGUAACAAGAUCUGCAAUGCCAACUGCAACAGCCAUGCCUGCGGUUGGGACGGAGGAGACUGCUCGCUUAACUUCAACGAUCCUUGGAAGAACUGUACCCAGUCUCUCCAGUGUUGGAAAUAUUUCAACGACGGAAAAUGCGACUCGCAGUGCAACAAUGCAGGAUGUCUGUAUGACGGCUUUGACUGCCAGAAAUUAGAAGUGCAGUGCAACCCUCUAUAUGACCAGUAUUGCAAAGACCACUUCCAGGAUGGUCACUGCGACCAAGGUUGCAACAACGCUGAAUGUGAGUGGGAUGGCUUGGACUGUGCCGAAAACAUGCCAGAGAAACUGGCAGAAGGUACCCUAAUGCUGGUGGUUCUGAUGCCUCCAGAAAAUCUAAAGAACAACUCUGUCAAUUUCCUCCGAGAAUUAAGCAGAGUUCUUCACACCAAUGUGGUGUUCAAGAAGGACAACAAAGGAGAAUACAUGAUCUUCCCAUACUAUGGAAAUAAAGAAGAACUUAAAAAACAUCACAUUAAAAGGUCUAUCAAGGACUGGCCUGAGUACCCUACUACUAUGUUUAACAAGAUGAAGGAUUCCUUGGUGUAUGGACGUCACCGAAGAGAGAUUGAUCAGAUGGAAGUCAGGGGGUCCAUUGUGUACCUGGAAAUAGACAAUCGGCAAUGCUUCCAAGCAUCUUCUCAGUGUUUCGACAGUGCAACCGAUGUAGCUGCGUUUCUUGGGGCACUCGCCUCUAUUGGAAGUCUUGAUAUCCCAUACAAGAUUGAAGCAGUGAAAAGCGAGACGGUGGAAACCAAGAACAACCCUACGCUUUACUCUGUGUUGAGUGUAGUUGCACUUUUGGUGCUGCUGGCCCUAGUUUUUGGAGGAAUCAUGAUGAAUAAGAAGAGGCGUAGAGAGCAUGGACAACUUUGGCUCCCUGAAGGCUUCAAUCCAAAAGAAUCUAGCAAAAAGAAACGUCGUGAGCCACUCGGGGAAGAUUCAGUGGGUUUAAAACCUUUGAAGAAUGGUGCUGAUGGUUCAUUAAUGGACGAUAACCAAAAUGAGUGGGGUGAUGAAGAAGCCUUGGAUAACAAAAGGUUUAGGUAUGAAGAACAAGUUAUGCUGCCCGAACUCAGUAACCAAACUGACCACAGACAGUGGACCCAGCAGCACUUGGAUGCAGCUGACCUCCGCAUUCCAGCCAUGGCCCCCACCCCACCGCAGGGUGAGAUAGAUGCUGACUGUAUGGACGUCAAUGUGCGUGGUCCAGAUGGUUUCACACCUCUGAUGAUUGCCGCGUGCAGCGGAGGGGGGUUGGAGACCGGAAAUUGUGAAGAAGAGGAGGACGCGUCCGCCAAUAUGAUUUCAGACUUUAUUGGUCAAGGUGCCAACUUGCACAACCAGACAGACCGCACCGGAGAAACUGCGCUGCAUUUAGCUGCAAGAUAUGCUCGUGCUGACGCCGCCAAGCGUCUCCUUGAGUCCAGCGCAGAUUCCAAUGUCCAGGACAACAUGGGGAGGACACCACUACAUGCUGCAGUUGCGGCCGAUGCUCAAGGAGUUUUUCAGAUUCUCAUAAGGAAUCGAGCUACAGAUUUAGAUGCCCGUAUGUAUGAUGGCACCACACCUCUCAUACUAGCUGCUCGCUUGGCAGUGGAGGGCAUGGUGGAAGAGCUGAUCAAUUCUCACGCAGAUGUCAACGCAGUGGAUGAGCUAGGAAAAUCUGCUUUGCACUGGGCAGCAGCUGUUAAUAACAUUGAUGCUGCAACUGUACUACUGAAAAAUGGCGCCAAUAAGGAUAUGCAGAAUAAUAAGGAAGAGACACCACUGUUCCUUGCGGCACGGGAAGGUAGCUAUGAAACAGCUAAGGUUCUCCUGGAUCACUAUGCAAAUCGGGAUAUUACAGAUCACAUGGACAGGCUUCCUCGGGACAUCGCUCAAGAACGCAUGCACCAUGAUAUUGUCCAGCUGCUGGAUGAAUAUAACCUAGUGAGGAGCCCUCAGCUACACAAUGGUCCAAUGGGUGGACAGACCUUAUCUCCUCCCAUCUGUUCCCCUAAUGGCUACAUUGGAAACAUGAAGUCAGCUGUUCAAGGAAAGAAGGCUCGCAAGCCAAGUACGAAGGGUACUGGUUGCAAAGAUUCCAAGGAUCUUAAAGCGAGGAGAAAAAAGUCCCAAGAUGGCAAAAAUGGGAUAAUGGAUUCAGGGAGCUCAGGUGUAUUAUCCCCAGUUGAUUCUCUGGAGUCUCCACAUGGGUACUUAUCAGACGUGGCAUCUCCUCCACUGAUGAAUUCCCCAUUUCAGCAGUCACCAUCAAUGCCUCUGAACCACCUCACCACAUUGCAGGAUUCUCAUAUCAGUAUGAAUCAUUUGAACAUGGCCACAAAGCAGGAAAUAACUACAGGCAACACCAACCGAAUGACAUUUGAUGGCAUGACGCCUCGUCUUAGUCACUUGCCUGUAUCUAGUACUAGUGCUGUUCUGAGCAAUGGUUCCAUGCAGUUUACAGUAGGGGGCGCUCCUAUGGAUGGCCAGUGUGAGUGGUUUACAAGGUUACAAAAUGGAAUGGUUCAGAACCCAUAUAGCGUCAUGAGGAGUAAUCUCCAACAAGGUGGUCACCAGCAAUCUCAAGGUCUUCAGCACAACCUGAUGGCAUCCAUGCAUAACGGCUUGCCAGCAACUACUUUGUCCCAGAUGAUGAGCUAUCAGGCAAUGCCGAACACAAGGUUGUCCAACCAACCUCAUCUAAUGCAAGCUCAGCAACUACAACAGAUGCAGCAACAGCAGAAUUUACAGCUGCAGCAGCAAAACUUACAACAGCAGCAACUGCACAACUCAAACUCUUCUUCCGCCACUCAUAUGGCAGCUUCCUUUUGCAGUAGUGAGUUAAGUCAGCCCGACAUACAGCAAAUUACCAACAACAGCAUCCAUGCAAUAAUGCCCCAGGAAACUCAAAUCCUGACAUCAUCGCUGCCGACAACACUCACUCAGUCUAUGACCACUACUCAGUUUCUAACUCCACCAUCACAGCAUAGCUACUCUUCUCCAAUGGACAAUACCCCCAACCACCAGCUCCAGGUGUCAGACCACCCGUUCCUGACUCCUUCUCCGGAAUCUCCCGACCAGUGGUCUAGUUCAUCACCUCAUUCUGAUUGGUCAGAGGGUAUAUCGAGCCCACCAACAAGUAUGCAGUCACAACAUACUCAUAUUCCUGAAGCGUUCAAGUAAAUAAUAUAUUAAAAAAGGGACCCAAACCAAAGUUCUAUAUACUUUUGGUUGAUUUAAGACAGUGGGAUAGAGCAAAGGACAUUUUAUAUGGUUUUAUAAAUAAGACACUGAACAUUUAAAUUUUUUUUUAAAGUAUUUAUUUAUAUACUUUUACCAUUGACAUAAAACACUGCCUUUUAUUAUUUUUAUUUAUAUUUUCAG